AUGUCUUCAGUUCCGUCGCCGGAGAACAAUUCGACUUCCUCAUCAACGAGUUCAAAGUCCUCGCCUAUGGUGGCCGCUCCAAAUGAUACUCAUUCCUCUGCGUCCUCCUCAUUAGAACAAGAUGUCGAUCCUUCUAAUUCAAUUUCCGCUGGACAUGUUCUAUCUAAAGCGACAGCCCCAUUGAAGCCGCUAACCAACUCCACUCAACAUGCUCAAUCUAAUGCGAAUUUGCCAACGAUCAUAGGAGUUGUGGCGGGAGUUGGACUAGUUUUCAUGUUCUUGGUCUUGGUGUGCAUUUGUUGCGUCAAGAAGAACAACAACAAGAAGAAGAAGAGGCUCCACGACUCUAUGAAAUACUACGCGGAUGGUUCAUUCAAAGAUAGUGGCUUUUAUGCUUCAUCACUUCCCAAGUGGCACACCGGAGACCAUGCCGGCGCAAUGCAUGGAGGAGGGUGGCAUCCUCAAUUGCCUCCGACUAAUGAUGACGAUGUGAGUGUGGUCUUUUCGGGACCUCAUGGUCCUCCGCCAUUGCCACCUCCUUCUCCGGUCGUCGCCCUUGCUUUAAAUGACAGCACCUUCACAUAUGAAGAGCUUGUAGCCGCCACAAGCGGCUUCUCCCCUUCCAAUCUCUUAGGACAAGGAGGGUUUGGGUACGUCCACAAAGGGGUGCUACCCAACGGGAAGGAGAUCGCCGUGAAGCAACUCAAGUCAGGGAGUGGACAAGGGGAGAGGGAGUUCCACGCCGAAGUCGACAUCAUUAGUCGGGUUCACCAUCGCCACCUCGUGUCUCUCGUCGGCUAUUGCAUUUCCGGAGCACAAAGAAUGUUGGUCUAUGAAUUCGUUCCUAACAAAACUCUCGAAUACCACCUUCAUGGGAAGGGACUUCCGGUGAUGGAUUGGUCAAGAAGGCUCAAAAUUGCAUUAGGAUCAGCUAAAGGCCUUGCCUACUUGCAUGAGGACUGCCAUCCUCGGAUCAUUCAUCGGGAUAUCAAGUCGGCAAACAUUCUUAUCGACCUCAAAUUUGAAGCAAUGGUGGCCGAUUUUGGAUUGGCUAAGCUCUCGUUGGAUAAUCACACUCAUGUUUCGACAAGAGUGAUGGGAACCUUUGGGUAUUUGGCACCCGAAUAUGCAUCGAGCGGGAAGUUAACCGUGAAAUCUGAUGUGUUCUCAUAUGGGGUGAUGCUACUUGAGAUCAUAACGGGAAGAAGACCCGUCGACACUCAUUCAUUCAUGGACGAUAGCCUAGUAGAUUGGGCAAGGCCAAUUUUGUCACGGGCAUUGGCCGAUGGAGACUACGAUGAAUUAGCCGAUCCGCGCUUGAAUGGCAACUACGAUCCUGUGGAAAUGGCACGCAUGGUGGCGUGUGCCGCCGCUAGCAUUCGCCAUUCAGCCAAGAAGCGUCCCAAAAUGAGUCAGAUCGUGAGCGCACUGGAAGGUGCUGUAUCACUUGAAGACUUGAAUGAGGGGGUGAGGCCAGGCCAAAGCAUGAUGUUCAGCUCGGGCUCAGACUAUGAGACUAGCUCAUACAACUCGAGCAUGAACCGCAUUCGGAAAGUCGUGUUGAUUCCUGAGUACACCGAUGAAUACAGUGGACCAAUUUCGGAGUACGAACCCACCCUUCCUUCUCCAUCGAACAAUGAUGUCUACUCCGAUGAUGAUGGUGAUGAUGAUGAUUUGGAUCGCAUUGGAAACCAAAGGCACGGACCUCAUUCAACGCUAUGA